AUGUUGACUAAUUGUCAGAUAAAUAAUUUCCAGAUAACUUCCCAGAUAGGUUCUGGGGCCUAUGGUUUGGUUUUCCAUGCCGUGGAUAUGAUUACAGAAAAUGAGUAUGCUGUUAAAGCAGUGGUUAAAGCAAGUUCAGUUAGUGAAGUUGGUAAACCUACUACACAGGAUAAUUUGAAAAAGAGUACAGUUUUACAAACUCAAUUGUACCAUUAUUUCAAGUCAUUCCAGAACAAGCUUUUCCUUCCUUCCAUCGAUUUGGAUUCAAUUCAGAAAUUGAGCAAUGCUCAAUUGGCCAGAGCUCCUCAUUAUAAGGAGAUUGCUUUGCAUUUGAAAGUACAUUCCCACGCAAAUAUUGUUACGAUUCAUCAGGUGCUUGAAUCUCCAUUGGCUACUUUUAUUGUUAUGGACUAUUAUCCAAGAGACUUGUUCACUUCAAUUGUGGAUCAGAAAUAUUUUAGUAGCAAUGGGUUGCUUAUCAAGAAAGUUUUUUUGCAACUUUGUUCUGCUUUAGAUCAUUGUCAUCAUAUGGGGGUUUAUCAUUGUGAUAUUAAGCCAGAAAAUAUCUUGCUAGAUACAGAUGAUACUAUCUACUUGUGUGAUUUUGGUCUUUCCACUACUUGCCAAUAUUUGGCACCCAACGUUUGCAUCGGUUCUUCAUACUAUAUGGCACCAGAGAGAAUACUUUACACCAACGAGAACACUCAGGAUACCACUGUGACGAGUUUCCCGACUGCAACCGGUGACAUAUGGUCACUAGGGAUUAUAUUGAUUAACUUGACCUGCAUAAGAAAUCCAUGGUUAAAGGCCCAUCAGACAGAAGAUAACACAUUCAGCUACUUCACUCGUGACUCAAACGUUUUGAAGAAGAUUCUGCCGAUAUCCGACCAACUGUAUCGGUUGGUUACAAGGAUCUUACAAUUGAAUCCUUAUAACAGGAUAGAUAUAAGAACUCUGAUGUCUGAAGUUGCCAAUAUCACUAGUUUCACCAAUGAUAACGGUCCCUUAUCGACAGUUCCAAAACUUUCGGAAGAGCUUUACAAUACUUUUAUCAUUGGCGAUAAAGGUAUGUCUUUGAAAGAAAUCUUACGUUCUUAUCAUGACGAUGAGGACGCGGAUGAGAGGCAAAGCUAUGACUCCUACCCCUCAUCCUCCAUCACUUCAACACCUACUGACGAAAAUACUACUCCAGCUGCAUAUGCCGAGACUACUCCAUACUCAUCGGACGUCGAUGAAGUAGUGCUGAAGGCCAACAAGGCAAUCGGUAUCAAUAACAGCUUCAUGCUUGAUCUUCAAGACGAUAAGCCACAGCAGCAAAAUCCACAAUGCAGUACGUUGCCCCUGUUGCAGGCCAAUUUAUCUACAAUCACAAACUAUUCCACAAGCAACGUAAACGCAGACGGUUUCCACUGGUUGCCUAACUACAAAUAA